GGGGUUGAGGGUGAUGACGCCAGCUUGCAAUGUAGCUGGAGCCGGGCCGAGUUCAGUGGGACUUCUGCUCCCGUGAAGGAAGCCCAAGCUGGCAGCACCACCUACAGGCGAGAGGGCGCAUUGAUUUCUUCCGACCCUGCGGAUUGCCGGGGGAAAGAAAGUAAAGUAAAAGGCCGAUCUGCUGAACCAAACGUUGUCAUUUGAGGUUUACGCUAAUGCCACUGGAAAGCACGCCAAAUCGGACAGAGCAGCCUGGUGCGGCAGAGAAGGCGUUGAACUCAGAGCAAUUCCAGUCCACCGACGCUCAUUGGAUAUAUUUGGGGAAGCCGCUCUCUCUUGGCCCCACCUGUGCAUGUGCAGAGGGAAGCUGAGCGAUUUCCGGCUAAAAAAUGGCGGACGAUAAGGAUUCUCUGCCAAAAUUGAAAGAUCUUGCUUUUUUGAAGAAUCAGUUGGAAAGUUUGAAACAAAAAGUUGAAAAUGAAGUACAGGCUGGAGUGGGGCAGGAUGGUUCUUGGCUGGCCUCUCCAUUUGUCAAAGGAUUUCUUGCUGGAUUUGUUGUAGCCAAACUAAGAUCUUCAGCAAUCAUAGGCUUUUUGGUGGGGAGUUGUACUGGAGUGUUUGCUGCUCAGACGUAUGCAAUUCCUGAUGUCGAAAAGACAGUCAAAGACUAUUUCAAUUCAUCCAGGAGAAGAUCAAACUAGAAAUGCAACAAUAUUCAUGCAACAGUAUACUCCAGGGGUAUCAGCUUUUCAUCUCUUUCAGUUCUACAUAGGUCAAAAUAUUUAGCUCCACUUUAGACAUUCUUAUUAAUUGGAAAAGUAUUUUAUAAUGGACAAAUAAUAUUUCAGCAGGUCUGCUUUUUAAGGUUCACAGUUCUAGAAUGAAACUGGUGCUGCUUGCUUCAACUGUCCUGGUCAGAUGAGAGCCUGGGUUUGGAUAGCAAGGCAGUUUCUUUAAUGGAGCAAAAAGCAACUGAUAUGGCAUGCCUGCUAUAAAUGUGCCCAUGCCAGGAAACACAGUGUGAGAUACCAGCUUUCUCCUGAUCAUGUAUUUUUAUAAUACUGACAUGCAUUUCUUUUCUUUCCUGAUUUUGGCGAUUUGAGUCCUUAUUUGUGCAAGCAUCUACUUGCCACAAAGAUAAUGUAGAUUUCUUUAAAAAACAAAAGGUGCUUUUUUCCCUUUUCUCGAUGCAUCCUGAAAAUUAUCACUAAAUAUUAGAAAAUUAUCACUAAAUACAACUUCUUGCUGUUGUAUUUUUGGUAUUGUGGGUACUGCUGAUCCUAUUAUCUCUAGUUGCUUUAUACUAUGUUUUAAAAUUUUAAUGGCUGGAGUCUUUGCCAUCUCUAUUUUACUUUUAAUUGCUUUAAAUAAAUGAUUGGUAUUCUAAUUCUUCCUGCACCAAAGACUGACUCAGCAUAGGCAACCUGCAAGGCUGGAAACUCUCGGUGGCCUCUGUAUGACCUGCCUUUGACAGAUGGCUACAGUUUAACCUUUCUUGACCUCAGUUAAGCUUUCUAGGUCCCAUGUUUUUGGAUAUUUUAGUUAUCUGUAGUAAAACUACUGAAGACACAAGAUCUUAAUGAAUCUCCAGAAUCACUUUCUUUUUUCAUGUAUUUGUUUACUUGCAAAACUACCUUUUACUUAGGAGCUCAAGGCAGUAGACAAUGCUCCCCUCUUUUCCUCCAUAACAAUUCUAUGGGCUACAUCAGAGUGACUGCCCCAAAGUCUUCUGAUGAACUGCUUUAAUCAGAUUUCCACCAUUACACUAUACACUAAAACAGGGGUCUUUAAACUUGCCAAGCUUUAAGACUUGUGGACUUCAACUCCCAGAAUUCCUCCUCCAGUCAUGUUAACUCAGGAAUUCUGGGAGUUGAAAUCUACAAGUCUUAAACUGGCCAAGUUUGAAGACUCUUGCACAAAACAUACUUUCUUUUUUUUGUUUUACUGUGAAUGUGGUAAUUCAUCUGUCAAGAAGCUAAGCAACUGGAUUCCUAGGAGGUCUCAUUUGAGUAUAUUUAUUAUAUACUAAAUCUUUCCACUAAAUAAUGCAUGUGUGUAUGGACUGUCAUAACUGGGUUGCAACACACACACACACACAUAGCCAAUAGAUGAUGGCAAAGAUUUGUUGACUUCUUGCACUGAAAGAAAAUAUUUCUCUCUGAGAUAUAGCUGUAGAUACAUAGAGCUACUGUAUCUAAGUUGUAAAAUAUGGAUGAACCCUGGAUGGCAGCAAAUUUUGUGCAAGAUAUUGAAUCGAGUCUUUUCAGAUAGUUCAAAGCAUAUUGUGGGAAGAAAAGGCUGAAAUAAAGUAUCAGAUUUUAUGUAAUUCAGUUAUAUUUCAUACAAGACCCUCAGCUAGAUACAGGGUGCAUGAUCUGUGGUGGUCCAAUGUGGCAUAGGAAUGUAUGCCCUCUCUUUCGUGUACACUUUGACAGUUUCCUGAAGAUAUUGAUCCACACCUUCACAAAGCUCUUAUACCUUAACAAGUACUGUAUUACACAUUACAGUUUUCUCUUGUAAACUAUACUGUCUUAGGAAAAUGGACAUAUCAUGUAAUGUUGCUCAAAGGAUUAUGUACCUUCACUCUGUGUGUGUGUGUGUGUGUGUGUGUGUA